AAACAUAUCCGCAGAGUGCUGUCUAGAUUUAAUUUACAUUUAAAUUAAAAUGCCAGACUACUUGGGUGACGAUCAGCGCAAAGUUAAAGAAGGAGAAAAAGAAGACAAGCCUAUUCAAGCGUUAGAUGAAGGGGACAUUGCCCUACUGAAGACGUACGGCCAAGGUCCGUAUGCAAAGCAGAUCAAAGCAGUUGAAGAAGACAUAACUGCGAUCACUAAACGAGUGAACGAGCUAAGUGGGAUCAAGGAAUCCGACACUGGACUAGCCCCGCCUGCGUUAUGGGAUCUAGCAGCUGAUAAACAGACCUUACAAAGCGAGCAACCACUCCAAGUUGCAAGAUGCACGAAGAUCAUCGAUGCUGACACCGAUAAUGCCAAGUAUAUUAUCAACGUAAAGCAAUUCGCAAAAUUUGUGGUCGAUCUUGGAGACCAAGUCGCCCCAACUGAUAUAGAAGAGGGUAUGAGGGUCGGGGUAGAUCGGAAUAAAUACCAGAUCCAUAUUCCGCUGCCCCCGAAGAUUGACCCCACUGUGACAAUGAUGCAAGUUGAAGAGAAGCCCGAUGUGACGUACUCGGAUGUAGGAGGAUGCAAGGAACAGAUCCAGAAGUUGAGGGAGGUAGUGGAGACUCCUCUGCUGCAUCCGGAGCGAUUUAUUACUCUUGGAAUCGAUCCUCCUAAAGGAAUCCUUUUAUUCGGACCACCUGGCACUGGUAAAACACUGUGCGCUCGAGCUGUAGCAAAUCGUACUGACGCUUGUUUCAUUCGUGUUAUCGGUUCUGAGUUGGUGCAGAAGUACGUGGGGGAAGGGGCAAGAAUGGUACGUGAGCUGUUCGAGAUGGCACGCACAAAGAAAGCUUGUCUUAUCUUCUUUGACGAGAUAGAUGCGAUCGGUGGGGCGAGGUUCGACGACGGUGCAGGAGGAGAUAAUGAAGUUCAACGUACGAUGCUGGAACUUAUUAACCAGCUUGAUGGGUUCGACCCAAGAGGAAAUAUUAAGGUCCUAAUGGCAACUAAUCGACCAGACACCCUUGACCCCGCCCUCAUGCGACCUGGAAGAAUGGAUCGCAAAGUUGAGUUCGGUCUUCCCGAUCUAGAAGGACGUACCAAGAUAUUUAAGAUCCAUGCGCGGUCUAUGAGUGUGGAGCGUGACAUAAGGUACGAGCUUCUAGCUCGCUUGUGCCCCAACAGCACAGGUGCUGAGAUAAGAAGCGUGUGCACUGAAGCUGGCAUGUAUGCUAUUCGUGCAAGGAGAAAGGUGGCCACAGAGAAAGAUUAUUUGGAUGCUGUGAACAAAGUGAUUAAGUCUUAUGCUAAGUUCAGCUCCACGCCAAGAUACAUGACGUAUAACUAACUUCUGGAAAAGACACUUUUUGAUGAACUGUUCCAACUUUCAACAAAUUCAGAAAAAGAGAAAGACAUGUGAUAUACAAUUAAACUAAAAAGCUGAUAAUGUUUGAAUGACUUUUUCAACUUCUCACAAGUUCUAGUAUCUAUUUAAACUUUGACCAAUUGCUUAUGCUCGCUGUUUAUGUUGUAAUGUUGCUAUAAAUAUAAACUUGAAACAGACGA